UGGUGUGGAAAGUUUGUUUUGUCUGUUGAUUUGCAAACGCUGCUCGAGUGUCCUAUCUCUGCGGUCAUGAUGCGCCCCAGCACGUUAGAUAUCAAAACAAACUACCACGACGGGUGCUACAUGUUCAUGAGAGACACAUACAGAUGCUGGAAAGCGCACAUGGAGUGUGAUGAAAAUUCCUGCAUCGAAGAGUACUUCGCCGAUCUGCAACAGUCGCUCUCACGGAAACAAGUUCGUGAUAUAGUGUUUACGAUGAAAAAUGUCACACGAUCGCCUGCCGUGAGGACGAUUUCUAGUAAACUUCAAGCAGCCCAACCAACCAUAUCGCAACCGUCCUUUUCCAUGGCAUCACAGCAAAACCCUUCCCCGAGCGUGCCUGAAAACUGCCAGCAGAAACAAGACCGACCGUUGGUGGAACGGUUAACAUUCGGUGAAUUUACUGCGAUAGCAUCUUGUACGAAAUGUUUUGGCCGACAGUCAUCGUUUCACGCCGUACGGGCGCGUAAUGGCGAGGAGCUUGGCAGCGUUUUGGCAAAUUCUUCCACCACCAAUGCGGAACCGUCCGCCGGGCCGGAAGUUUUCCUCGGUGGCUCCUGUAACCCUACGACCUGGCGGGCGGAUGUCGCCAUACCGACACUCGAUAAGCUGGGAAUUUCAUUUUAUAAUCCACAAGUUUCUCACUGGACACCGGACCUAAUCGAGCUCGAACACCGCGCCAAGGAAAAGGCGAAGGUAUUGUUUUUUGUUCUCGACUCGCAGACCCGCUCGACUGCGGGAGCGAUCGAGGUGGCACAUAUCGCAGGGCAGAACUCGAAAUAUUUAUUACUUGUGCUAUUGCCGUACUCCAGCAGACAGAAAAUUCUCAAUGAAACCUUAUCGGAAGACGAGUAUAUGGAUCUCAUGAGCAAUCAGUUUAUGCUAAGGCAACUGGUCCUUCGCCGUGGGCUGCCGGUCCUGGAUAGCAUUUCCACAGCCUUGGAGCAGGUGAAGGAAGUUCUUCUCGGCAAUUGCUACCCCCAACCUCCAGUGAAUCUUGCUUCUCGGUUAAUUUCAUUGCGACGAACGUUUGAGCGAUUUACAGCAGAUACGGUAGAUGCUACCCGUAUCAGCCUGGAACAAUGCCAGCGAGCACUGUGUAGUUUAGGCUAUCCAGAAAACGUGAGCUCACUGGGCAACAUUCAAAACAUUCUGCUGUGUUACGAGGAGGUUACUGGAUUAGCCGUCCAAACGGAACUCAUCAGACGGAACGACGCCGAGCAUGUACUUAUUAGUUUUGAAGAGUUUUGCAUUGUAGACGCAUGUGUCUCGAUAUUGAUGCUCGAUUUCUACGAGCAUAACUGCACAUCGCCGAUAAAGGGCACAAAUCUGCAGCAGCCUCCUGUCUACUUGACGGAUUUGCAAGCCUGGAAUCAGACGAACCCCGAACAUUCGCCGUUCGAAAACGGCCCGCUCCGAAGUCCGCGGACUUUUGUGUUGCCGACGGGCGAAGAAUCAACGGUUGUUGAGAAUGGAACAGGUGAUACCCGUUUGGUUGGUCCACUCAGCAACAGCAGCAGCGGUAGUGACAUCUGUCGCUCUUCCUCCGUCGAUACCGAGUCGGGCAAUGCAUUGAAGCAUUCUCACGCAUUCACGGUCACGAUUGAUGAACCACGUGCAUUUACUUUCGACGGUGAUCUCUUCGACGACGAUGAACCGCUGCUCGGACGGAUCGAGGCGCGCGACGUCUAUCUCGGCGGAAGUUGCUGGAUGAAAACCAGUUGGCGGCAAAGGUGUGCCUUUCCGGCGCUUAAACGCCACCAACUAAGCUACUACGUGUCGGCCCUCCACGAGGGGUUUUGCUGCCGUAAGCCGGAGAACCUUUGCGACGGUAACGGCCAGCAGCAGUUUGAUCCGCAGCGAUCCUUGCGUUACGAUGCCGCCAUGAUCGACGCCUGCCGCAUCGUCAUCUUUGCGAUUACGAAUGAAACACGAUCUUUAGCACCCAUGACAAUGGCCGCGCACUACAUCGGUCUCGGAUACAACGUUGUGCUGUGCGUGCAGAUGCUUUCCUCGAACGAUUCAUCACCCAAUGGGCACAAACCAACACUAUCUUCUUCAGCCAUCAAAGACUACAACCGUGGGCGGGCUUACUUAAUUGAUCUGGCCAAACGGCACGGCAUUCCAGUGUACGAGGGCUUGGAGGAAACCUUUGACAGUGUAAUCAAUCGGUUAAGGAAUUGUACUGUAAGAUACUCAAACUAGCAACAUCAACCCGGUACCCUCUCAUUGUGAUUUAGAGUUUAUUUUAUUGCCUUUUUAACAAACGAAACAAAUCAAGUACAUUAAACUAAUGAA